AUGGAUUCCAAGCCGUUAUCAAAAGAUUCUAUGAGAUCAACAUGGCGUACUGCCCCUCGCAGCGAGUGGAACGUCAACCACUGGCUCCUGGAGCUGCUCAACGUCUACCCUAUUGCCCUGGGCCAGGAAGUACCGGUACACAGCAAAAAGGACAAAGUCCCUUUUAUGACUCAGUGGUCUCUUCAUCUAUGGAUUAUCAUCCACUCAGGGCUCCCACUCAUCCUUCACGAGAUCUACAUGACACUUACUGGCUGCACAAUUGGCCAGAUCACUGCCUCCACCUUUUACUUCUUUUCAUUCACCUCUACUCGAAUCCACCAAAUACACAUAAUACGCCGUUUAGGCCACAAAUAUGGCUUCCUAGAUGGCGACAAGCACGAACGUGACGGUGUGCCCGAUGUCGGGGUUGCCAAAGUGGUCAGCGUAAUAUAUAAAGCAGCCACUUUCCGUACAAUGCUCUCAAUCUUUCUGUCAUAUAACGCACGCGAAAAACCCUCCCAAAUGGCCUGGGCCUGGCUUCUUAUCGAAAUCAGUCUUUACGGAAUCGUCCUCGAUUUCUUUUUUUACUGGUAUCACCGUCUGAUGCACGAAGUGAGCUUCCUAUGGAAGUUCCACCGCACACACCAUCUAACCAAGCAUCCGAACUGCCUUCUACUCGGGUAUGCAGACCACGAACAAGAAUUCAUCGAAAUAGUCGUCAUGCCGAUGGUUACCUACUUCAGUCUCAAGCUGAUGGGUCUGCCGAUGGGCUUUUACGAGUGGUGGAUAUGCCAGGAGUAUGUUGGCUUUAGCGAAGUCGUCGGACAUAGCGGUCUACGGAUACAUUUGAUCGUGCCGUCAACCAUUAGUUGGCUUUUACGGUUGUUAAGCUCUGAGCUUAACAUCGAGGACCAUGAUCUUCAUCACCGAAACGGCUGGCGGAAGAGCCAUAACUAUGGUAAACAGACUCGUCUGUGGGAUCGUAUUUUUAGUACCGGUAACGAGCGCCUUGAGUGUGCGGCGGAUAAUGUGGACUAUGAGAAUACGGUGAACAUGCCUUUUCUUUGA